AUGCCCGCUCCUACGGCUGAAGAUCUUAUAUUCUCCGACCAAGCGAACCACAACUUCUCCAAAACACUCGGCGAGCUUAAGAGGUCUACACUUUCCAUUCACAACCGCCUGCGGUCUAUUGAGGAAGAUGCAGCUUUUGCAAAGAAGAUACAGGCGGCGUACGGGCGACCGUUAAUUGCAAAUGAGCGGUGCGGAAGUUGGUACAUCGAUCCCGAGAAGAAAGGAGGGAGUGCAUAUUUCAAGAGCACAGAUGGACAUACCGGAGUCUGGAAGUUUAGUUCGAGGCGACUGAAUCUUCACCUGCUCGAGGUUAUUGGCAAGAAUGACGGGUGUAUCAUUAUCGAUUCUACUAGACGGGGAAAACGAAUGCCCGAUGCUCUGAGCAAGACCAUACCAAUAUGGUGCAGCGUCAUAAAUCGAGUUUUAUUCCCUGCCGAUUCCCGAUCUCACGCUUUAUAUACCCCUCCACAAGUUGUAUCGAAUACCGAAAAUGCCCAAAUAUUCGCCCUAUUGCCAUACUUCGAAAGGUCCCUCAAUGCCCUCGAUGUAUCCCUUGAAACCUACAAGUCACAUAUAUCGAAACCCCUACGUCCAAUAUGGGUAACUCCUGAAUCUAACAUAGUGUCUACAUCAUCUGUCUUUGAAAAUUUCCAUCCCGUUAUAUGCUGUACAGUUUCACGGAAAGUGACAGGUGGAGAACUCAGUGAGGGGGGUUACAUACAAGGAGCAGGAGACGAUACGGAGAACUGGGCUCAUGGCCUGACGCCAUCUAUUUUCUGGACAAACCGAAACGCUUUGUUUUCGACCCCAGAUUUUGAUUUGCUGGAACUCAUAGCAGCCCUUGUUGAACAAGCAGCCAUUUCGGGACCUGUUGGCGGAGGAAGUGCGAGAUGUGUGGAGCCUACAGCGAAGCUAUUUGUUACUCAAAUCUCCGCAAUUACCACGGAAGAUAGGGAUCUGACAAUUCUUCUUCGUCCAACGGUCACUAAAGAGGAAACUUGGACGACGUCUGCCACAAGAUUGGACAUUGGACUUGGACCUCACAAGGUGGGUAGUCGGAAUCUCCGAGCAGCAUUACCAUUCAUCGUGGCGUUUGUGGAAAGAAAUGCAUCCAGGCUAGAAGAGCAGAAUGAUGUGGCCAGCCGUAUAGUCAUCGCUUGCGAGAGUGGUAAAGAUCUAGCUAUUGGUGUUGCGCUUGCUCUUCUCUGCCUUUUCUUUGACAGCGGGGGGAAGUUCCAGGAGAAGACGAACCCUACUAUCGAUAAGAGCUUCAUCAGAGGUCGACUAGGAUGGAUUUCAACCUCGAUGCCAGAUGCGAAUCCAAACAGAGCGACUCUUCAAAGUGUCAAUAGUUUUUUAAUGGAACGUCCAAAGUAG